CGUUUCAUCGAUUUUCACAAGCAAGAGCACAGAGUUUAGUGGCAUAUACCAGCAGCAACGGUGCAAAUAAAGUGGGUCGUUAGGAAAAAAAAAUCGUAGUGUAGACAACGAAAGAUAUAGACAAAAGUUGCGUAUACGCAGCAGCUGCUGAACAUUAUUUUAAGUGAACGCAAAAGAAGUUGGGUUUUACAUUUCAUAAGCGCUCAUUCUGCACAGCAAACAUUUGAGUGGGGAAAGCGUUGGAGGUGAGAGACAAACGACAAACGAAUUCGCCAACAAAGCGAAGUGGAAGAGAAGCGCAGAGCAGCGAAGAAACGAAAAACGCCAGCAAAUACAACAAACGCACAAUUCGCCGCAUUCGCCUCGCUUGCUUAGUGUCUGUCUUAGCAGCGAAGUCAAUACACAGUCAGCCACAGUGGCGCAACGAAUUUUCCUUUAGUAUCCUUACGGGACGUGAAAAAAUCAGUAGUCAACGCAAAAACAGCCAACAAAACGAGCGUGCAGUGCUGCUAUAUAAGAGUAUAUGAAGUGUUGAAGAAAAAAAAGUUGAAAAAAACGCGCAGCUUGUAACCAAAUUGAAGUGCUUGUGUGUGCAGAAAAUUUCGAAAUUUCCAAACGCAGUUGAAAAAGUAGUUUAACGGGCCACAAAGGUUGCUGGCGUGUAAGCGAAAAUUAAACUGACAAAAUAAGUAUACCAGCACAGCAGCGAGUGUGUGUGUGUGUCGAGCGAUUAAACAUUAAAACGCUACUAACGGUUUAUUAUACAUUUGUACACACUUAUCUAUGUGUAUAACAGUGCAUGAGUGUGUGUGCAAGCGUUUCUUAGAAUCGCAACAAAUUGAAUUCAAUUGAGAACACUAAACGCGCAACGCCAGCUGCCAACACCACCACUACACGACCGCCGCAGCAGCAGCAGCUAAAGCAACACUAAUAUAACAACAACAACAACCAACACGGAUACAAGUCGAAGCGCAAGCUAACAAAUAGGCCAGCCACAAAGCGCUGUAAUACAACAGAAGAAAAGGUAACGUAAACAGUCACAUCGCCGCCAUUAAGCGCCCGUCAUAAAGCACACAAACGCUUGAGCAAUACGACGCUAAGGUGUUAACGUAACUACAGUAACGCUCAGCUUUUGCAUAAAAACAGCUUAAAGCGCUCGAAGCAGCCGCAGCUUGAACUUAAUUUUUGCCCCCAGUUUGCUACAGCGGCCUCAAAAUACACAUACAAACGAAUAUGGCUGGCGGUGGGGACCCCAAGUGGCAAAAGGAUGCGGCCGAUCAAAAUUUCGACUAUAUGUUCAAAUUGCUUAUAAUCGGCAAUUCAAGUGUGGGCAAGACAAGUUUCCUCUUUCGCUAUGCCGAUGACAGUUUCACCUCAGCUUUUGUGUCGACGGUGGGCAUCGAUUUCAAAGUGAAAACUGUGUUUCGACAUGACAAACGCGUCAAGCUGCAGAUCUGGGAUACAGCGGGUCAAGAACGCUACAGAACAAUAACCACAGCAUAUUAUCGUGGCGCCAUGGGUUUCAUUCUAAUGUAUGAUGUCACAAAUGAGGAGAGUUUCAAUUCUGUACAAGAUUGGGUCACUCAAAUCAAGACAUAUUCCUGGGACAACGCACAAGUGAUACUUGUCGGCAACAAAUGCGACAUGGAAGACCAGCGAGUGAUCUCAUUCGAGCGUGGCCGACAGCUGGCCGAUCAGCUGGGUGUGGAGUUCUUCGAAACCUCAGCCAAAGAGAAUGUGAAUGUGAAGGCUGUCUUCGAACGGCUGGUGGAUAUAAUUUGUGACAAAAUGUCAGAGAGUUUAGACUCGGAUCCGACGUUAGUGGGUGCUGGGCAAAAGGGACAACGACUGACAGAUCAACCUCAAGGCACGCCCAAUGCGAAUUGUAAUUGUUAAACACACAUACACACACACACUUCUAUACUUAAAUACAUACAUACAUAGGCAUAUAUAUACAUAAAUAGACACAUGUAGACACAAAUAUACUUAAAUAAAAACAUGAAAUAAAUAAAUGAAUGAAUAAAUGUAAAACUAUAUAAACUAAGUGAGGCAGUAAUAUAUAAAAAAAAAAAUGAUAAAUGCUGUUGACUUAUGUUGUCAGAAUUUUUGUUGUCUCAGUUUUUAGUGUUUUUUGAAGUAGACGAAGGCGUAGAAGCAGAAUAAUUGUAAUUAAAGGGUGUUGCAUGUAAAUGUGCUGAGGCAAGCAGUUAUUGUGAAAAAGCCAUUUAUGCUGUUGAAAACAAUUUAUGAGAAAAUAUAGUAUUGUAAAAAAUGGUGCAACAAAAAGCAAAACAAAAAGCGUUUGCCGAGUAUACAUUGUUUACAAGCCUACAAACGAAACUUCACGAAGGUAAAAAAUUAAUUUGUGAAACAUAUAAAUAAAUAUGAAAUAUAAAGAGAAUUAAAUUAAUAAAAAUUAACUGAAAUUAACUAACAAAUUGUAUUGGAAAUGCUGUGCAACUUGUAUGCGUAGUAAUUUGAAAUGUUGAAAUUGGCAUAGAUAUCUACUUGUAGUGGUGCCGCCGCAGAAGAUCGUUAUUUGUGUAUGUUUCCAUGAAUUAUAUUAUAUGACUAAAAGGUAUUUAACUGUAAUGUAAUUACUUAACAACACAGACACACAAAAAUAUAUACAAACAUGUAUGCAGUUGUUGCGUGUGUGUUUGUGCAGGCAGUUUUUGGUGAAAUUCAAUAAAAAAAUUAUAAAAAAUAUAAAAAAUUGUAAUUACAGAAAUACAUGACUAUGUAAUAGCGUUUAUAUAAAUUACAGCAAAUACAAAAAUUACUAAAAUAUUAUUAUUAUCAUAACAAUUACAGUUACGCUGUUAAAUGGCAAAUCUACAAAAGCGAAAAGAAAGACAACUAUAAAGAGAAUUCUGAACUUGUACAACAACAAUAACACAAAAGAAGCUACACUUUUUACAAAAAUAAAAAUAAAAACAAAACCAAAAAUGAAAAUGAAAAACAGUAAAUAUAUUGAAUAAAAAUAAUAUCAUUAAAAAAUAUAAUUCAAAAAUAAUUUAGUUGUAAAUUAUUUAUAUCGUUAAAAAAAACAAGAAUACACAAACAACACCAACACUACAACAAACAAAAACUUAGUGAAACAAACACACACCGCCACACAUAGACACACCCACUUAAAACGCAUAGCUGCAGUUAAUGCGCAGUCACUAUGUCAACUCAAAAGUAUUAGCCGCGAAAUGACACUUUUUUACUAAAAACUAAAUAAAUAAAUAAAUGAAGCAACAACAACUGAGUAUUACAGCUAUGAAACAUAACUCGCAGCGAUCAAUAAACAUAAAUAUUGUAAUUAACCAUAUGUUUUUAAAAAAAUCAAAUAUUCAAACUGUUCAAAAACUUAUACUUUCAUUGUUGCCAGAUGUUAGUGAUUGUAAAAAAAAAAAAAAUAAACUACUUUCAGCCCAAAACAAAGCAAAAAAUUUUAUGCAAAAAAUAGUAAAAAAAAACAAACAACAAAAACUUUCAUAAAUCAAAGAUGAAUUCAUUUUGCUUAAACGCAAUUGGCUGCCUUGAAGCUCUAACAUACAGAAAUUUGCUGAAAAUAACUACUCUUAUAAAUAUAUGUAAAUGUUAACCGAAAUGAUCAAUCUCAUACUCAAGAAUGCAGUAUUUACUAGGCAAUAAA